UGUGUUGCGGAGUUUUACUUUCCAGACGCUACCCAGCCCUGACUACAGACAUGAUGACAGAACUACCUCUCCGGUAGUCACGGCCUUACACCUCCUUGCGUGCUCAAAUAAAAUUUGGAAGUCUGCUACCAGCCAGUCGACAUGGUUGGGAACAUCACACGAGGUACCGGUGUGACCUAUGACUUCUACUACGGAGAUGGAUUCAGCAAUCUGGCUUUAUCUGAAGCAGAAACUUCCCACAAGUACAACAAACCUGGCACAUACUCCAUCUCUGCGACUGCCACCGACCUGUGGCUGAACAAGGAGAACCAGACCAUCAGUGUCACCGUGGAAACCAACAUGACGGAUGUCCAGGUGGACUGCCCCCUGGCCGUGGAAUACGACCACAGAUUUGGCUGCGAUUUCUACAUCUACCAGGGCACCAACCUGAGCGCGACGGUGGAUUUUCAAGACGGCCGGGUUGUGACUUUUGUUGCAGAGGAUGCCGCGACACUUUCCUAUGGCCAGAUGCUUGACCAGGAUGAGUCCCUCAACAACCAGCCUACGAGCCGCGUCUACCUCAUGAUCAAUUCGGUGAUCCAGCACGAUGGCCGCAUCGUUGCCUGGGAGAUGAAUGCAAUCACUACAGGCACAGUGACGCUUCAGGUUUACCGGCCGCGCUGCACCAAUAAUGAGGUGUACUGCCACCGGACAGCAAGCUGCCACAGGCCAAGUGUCAAGUGCCAGGAGCAGGCCAGCAUCUGGAGCAAGACCUGUGAGGACGCGGGCCGCUUCAGCUUCAACCGCCGUGACUGCGUCCAGCACUCGGACGGCUCCCUGGAGGGUCACCACGUCUUCAGCGGCCUGCCGCUGGACUAUGACUUCCUGUCGGAGAUCACCUAUAGUCUCUCUGACACAGGUCGCAACUUCCUGACGCUGACCCGCUCGGAGCAGGUGGAUGUCCAAGCCGGAGAUGUCAUUGGCUGGUACAACUCCAACUCGGGCAAGCUGGCCUAUCAGUCGGCCGACUCUUCCGCAGACGGCCCUGAGAUCCUUCCGAGCACGAGCAACUACGGCAGUCGGCUCUCCGGUGGUUACGUCGCCUACUCCUCCGGUGCAUCCUCGCACUCCUACAAGCACGCCCUCAAGGCCCACGUGGUACGCCCCUCCCACCUGCACGUCUUCCACAACUACACCUGGCCGGAGAGCCGCCGGAACAUCUCUAUCAAUGCCAGUAACAACCUGGCCUCUGGCAUAUGGGACAUGCAACAGGAGAUCAAGGUCAUGGAAAAAGUCUCGCUGUUGUCAUUCAAUGCCCCCCUUCUAGCCGUAGUAACGGAGGAGCAAAUCCUCACUGUAAAUCCCCACCUCGGCACGGAGGUGACCUACCACUGGUUCUUUGGCAAUGGAGACGAGCACGUCACCCAGGAGAUGUUCACCAACUACACCUGGAUGGAUGAUGGAGUUUAUAACAUCACUCUGCGUGCCUACAAUGACAUCAGCCAGGACAUUUAUGAACAUUAUGUAGUUCUGCAGCAUCGCAUCCAAGAAUUUGAGUGGAAGGACUCGGUUCCCAAGUCGUCCUGGACAGACUACCCCAUCACACCCAAGAUCUUUGGAUCGGAGACUGUCAUCAACUUUGGCAUGACGCUGGGCACAAAUGUGACUUACGAGAUUAAUAUUGGUGACGGCAUAGUUCCCACGUUCUUUCUUCGUCACGACGAGGUGCUUGAUAUUGGCAUGCUGCUGUAUGAACCACCACCACCCACAACGACGGUCGAGCCUAUCUACCAGCUGAACUGCACUUUUGUCCUAGACAACGUCACCGUGGCUGCGACUUUCCCACCCACAGCACCGCCCACCACCCCACCCGUGCUCGUCGACAACGGGACCCUGGGUAACAUGACGUUUGGUAACUUGACGUUCGGUAACGAGACGGCCUUCAGCAGCACGACGCCUUUUUACGAAGUGAUUCAAACCACCACCCCAUCGGCACCCUCAGGCCAGUGGGUGUGCGUCAAUGUCACCAUCAAUGGUAACAAUGGCGUGGGACCCAUGACGGAGCCAGCACGGAAUCUCUCUGAUCGUCUUGCAGUUGAAUACAAUGGUGUUCUGGGAAGUGUCUACACUGUGUACGAGAAAAUUGGCUACUAUCCUGUCAUUGUCAAUGCUUCUAACCGGGUCAGCUGGGCCUUACUUGAGUCGAUGGCGGUCAUCCAGAUUGAGAUCACCAAUUUUCACAUCAUUGACCCUCCCCCGCUGAAAUUUGGCGAGACCCAAAUAAUCGGGGUCGGCUUUGACACGGGCACUAAUUUGUCAUUCUCUGGCAGCUUUGCGGGCAAUGAUCUAGAUCUGACCGACCCGUCACUCUAUUACAUGGAUGAUGUGAACGGGGAGGGGUACAUUGUCAUUGGCCCGGAAUAUUACAGUGACAGAGGGUUUUAUGAUUUAGAGCUGACCACCUGGAACUUGGUCAGCGGUCCAAUUACGGAUAUAGUGCAAGUCCAAGUGGAGUUUGCCAUUACAGAUUUCCAGAUGGAGGUGUCCGAGAUGUACAUUGUGCCCUAUACGACCAUCUCCAUUAGAUUUGACAUGGAGAUCGGCUCCGAUCUGACGAUGGUCAUGGACACUGAUGAUGGCUGGUCCAAAACCUUCCAGGACAUUGAGAUGAAGCGGCCGGAUGGGGACCAUUACAUUCAGUGGCAUGAGUUUGGAGUCGCCCGGGAUUACAACAUAACCAUUCACGCGACAAGCGCCGUCAGCGACGAGUUGAUCUGGAUUGAAAUUAAGGUCCAGAAUCCGGUGGUCGAUCUGUCUAUGACUGUGUACACGCCUGGUGUGAUCCCUUACAUGGAGAUAGGUACCAUCCGCUAUGAGUACCUGUUCUAUGGGGACCAGUCCAUGCCCCCUACCGAUGCCACCGUUGAGUACUACCUGGCAAAGGGGAUUGAGCCUGUGGAAGACUUCCCGAUUGCCGAGACAAACCCCGUCGUGCAUAACCUGUCCCUUGCCGUGCAUGGCCCGUACUCCACCUUUGUGAACAUCUCCAACCUGGUGAGCUGGAUGAACUUCACCCAGGAGAUUGAAAUGGAGAAGCCCAUUCUUGGCCUGAUUGUGACCUGCAAACAACUCCACAUCAGGGUCGGUUCGAAGGCAGUGCUCACGGCCACCAUUGAUUGGGGCUCCCGCGUCAGGUGGAGGUGGUACUUCCAGGAUUCUGACGAACCGGUAGAGCUAGGGAUCGUGGCCCCCAGGACUCGCAGGCACCCCUAUAAACAACCAGGCACAUAUUACGUCUCAGUAGUGGCUUACAAUCUUCUGGGAGAGGUAGAGUACACCAUACCUGAACCAGUGAAAGUCCAGUAUCCAGUCCAGGGCAUGGAGUGGAUCGGCCGGAGGCUAAGUCGCCUGUAUGUAGCCAACAUCUAUGUUGGUGUACCCUUUCAUCUCCUAAUUGUCAAAACUGUCCCUUUCCCUACCGAAGCAUCCUAUGAGAUUGACUUUGGAGACGGCCAGACCAUCCCUGCUCGAGAGCUGAACAUGGACAGGGCUGAUAGUUCUAAGGACACUGACACGCAGUACCACGUCGUGAGCGAGACCCACUACUAUGACACUUGGGGCCACUACAAUGUCACCAUCCGCAUUUGGAAUCUUGUCAGCGAUGUGACCCUCCUCUAUGACAUCUGGAUCUACGAGACUAUCACCCAACUGCAGAAGGAGGUCAAUUACAAUGAGCUCAUCAUCGAUGGAGACUACUCUACAGGCAACGAGACGUUUGACCAGGAAGGAUUUGAUGUCGGCAAGAACUACUUCAGGUUGGAAGAGGCCAUCGUUGUCAAGGCAACCAUGGCAUCUGGCACUGGGCUCACCUACACCUGGGACUUUGGCGAUUUGUUUUUCGAGCCUCCACCCACCACACCUGGCCCCACUUAUGGGCCCACAACUAUGGAACCGACCACACUACCCCUUACCACCUACCCCGCAACGACUCUACCUCCGAACUGCACGUACACCAUAGAGGAGUGGGCGGGCAAUGUUGUGGAUGAACUGACUCUGGAAGAUGAGGCCAAAAUUGAAGUGAUGAAUGCCUCCCUGAUACCAAACUGCUCCUAUCAGGAGGUAAUGGUCAACGUCUCCAUGAUUCUGAAUGGGACUUGGUUGAACUCCACAGAUGAGAGCGGCACCGAUAUGUACUGUGUCAUGGUGAACAAUACUGAUACAAAUAGCACCUUAAUGGGUAUGUGGAACUCCUCUGAUGCUGUGAUCAACACAACAUCCAUCUACUGUGUCAAAAACACCACCAACACCACCGGCCCGAUAUAUGAGCUAGUCUGCGACGACGUCACUCCGGUAGUCCUAUUAACCCAGAGGGACUUGUGUGAGAAAUACGAUAAUUUUAUCGGCGAUCUGCUGUACAACCGAACCUUUGAAGGAGUCCAGAAUUUCACCAAUGUGACUCAUUUUGAGUUGACGCGUCCUGAAAAUGACACAUCCCUUCAAAAUGUCAAUUUGAUGGAGCUUGUGGAUGAGCUGAAGGAAUAUUUUUGUUUGAAUUUAGAUGUCCUGUCCAGCAUCGGUGAAUACCUCCUCCGCAAUAACUUCACCACUACUCCUUCCCUCUGUCCCCCUCCGGAGCCCACACGGCCCCCCACAACAGAGGGUGUGACCACCCCUACCCCACCCACUGAACCACCCACAACGUUGCCCCCUUACGUUGUCAGGACUACCGAACCGCGGGCCAUCUGGUGGUACACCAAAAAAGGUGUGUACACCAUCACGCUGAAUGUCUCCAACCCUGUGCACUGGGUGGUCGUGGAGAAGACCAUCGUGGUCCAGCGUGGCAUCUUUGACAUGGUGCUUACCGACCACGGGCCUCGCGCCCGGAACACGACCAUCGAAUUUGAGCUAGACACUGGCAACGCUGGCACGGAUGUGUGCUACUAUGUGGACUUCCGUGACAAGCAGUCAGAGAUCAACCAAAUUGCCUUCUGGGGGCAUCGUCGGACUUGUGAGGAUCGUUAUGCUGAGGAGUUCCAGAGCCCCUUUCUCCGAUUCACAGAAGUCAGCAAUGCCUACCUAGAAGGGCUCCUUCUUGCAGGGAGGUCUCCCAACAUCACUCUCAGCAACAUCUUCCAGUCAGUCAAUGCCUUCAGAAUAAUUGUCCGGGCCCACAACAAGGUUUCUGAACAGACGGUCACCUUGCGGACUGCUGUGACCAAAGGCCCCUGCUUCUAUCCUGAAGUCAAUGUCAGAGAUAACAAUGGUUGCGAUCAAUAUUAUCCCUUCUGUGACAGUGAUGGCCACCGAGAGUACUUUGCAUCUAAGGAUGUGUACGUCUACUCCUAUGUAAAGAUUAACUGCACCUCAACUCCGUACACCAUGUACACCUGGAGGGCAUUCUCCAUUGACGACAACAAUGGCGUGGAGACAGAAAUCUUUGACUUGGGGGACACUGAGAUGGCUGGUUUUACCCGCCGAGAGCUGGCAGUAAAGAAAUUUGUCCUCCCAUACGGCCUGUAUCGCUUCGAACUCAAUGUCUCCAUGUGGGGAGAGCGUGGGGUCGAGUCCAUCGACUCCACCACCAUCCGAGUGGUUCCCACCCCGCUGGUUGUCAGGAUUGGGGGAGGGUCGGAGCGCAUCAUUCGUUGGAAUGACCAGGCACCAGUUGACGGAUACUCAGAGACGUUAGAUCCGGACGUGGACCCCAGCGACCGUUCUGGCUUACGCUACGUCUGGAUGUGCCGCCGGCAACAUGAAACCUAUCAGGAGUGGAACGACGACUAUACAGUAAUGCUGAAAGAGGGUGGAGUCAACGCCUCCUACAUCCACGAGAAGGGCGACCUAGGGGGGUGCUUUGGACGAUAUGGGUAUGACGCUUCAGGAUAUGGAGGCAUGUUGAACGUGACGUCAGGUACCAUGGUGAUGGACACAUAUUACAUGCAUGAGCAGAUGGUCUAUGAGUUGAAACUGAUUGUAUUCAAGGACACCAGGCAGGCUGAAUUCACGCAGGUGUUAUAUGUAGCCACCGGUUCCCCGCCACGCAUGGAGAUCAGCUGUAAGACCAACUGCAAGACCAAACUGAACCCCACCAGCCGUUUUGCCUUGGAGUCGAGGAACUUGGAUUACAGACGAGGCAUGAUCCUCUAUUACAGAUGGGAGAUCUACGAGGCUGUCUCUGACGGCGUGGCCACAAGUCUGGAGGUGGUAGACCGGGGGCAGUGGCUGUCCUUCUCGGGGACAGGAGAUGACAUGGCUAAUCUGGCCAUCGAUGCCGGCUUCUUCAAGGACGAGUCCGCCUACCGCAUUCGCAUUUACUGCGACCGGUCUCCCGAUUUCACAAACUAUGGCAUGGCUUCCUUGGACCUGAUCACCAAUGAACGGCCCAUCGUUGGCAACUGCAGCGUGGUGCCGGAGAACGGCACAGCCUUGGAGACGGAGUUCAACAUCUUCUGCAACGACUGGAUUGACCCUGACCUGCCCCUCACCUUCCGCUACGCCCAGCGACUCCUACCCACCGAAUCCUGGACCUGGAUGUACAGUGGAGAGAAGCCGUACAUGGACGUGCCAUCUAUUUUCCCCCAGGGCUAUGAGAGUGAGGAUUUUUACGUGUACAUCCUUGUCAGGGUGGAUGAUUACAUCGGCUCGUAUUCUGACCUUGAGCUCAGGGUUCAGGUUGUCGCUCCAGCCCUGAGCGGCGCCGACAUGACAGAGAAGCUGAAGAACCUGACGUCCGGCGAGGGCAGCGUCAUGUCAGAAAUGAUCUCGUCCGGCGAUGCCGGCGGGGCCGCAAACAUUGUCGCUGCAUGUGCCGGCAUGCUGAACAUUGCUGCCAGCAACGCCGCCGCUACCAUGGCUACAACCGUCGCCACCCACACGGCCACCACAGUCGCAAACCUGAGGAGAAAGAAGCGGAAUGCCGGGGAAGAAGGAGAACUGACGGAAGACGAACUCCUGGCGGCACGACGGGAGGCAGAGAGGCUCGCUGCUGAGCAAGCCGAGGCAGAGAGGCUGGAAAGAGAACAGAUGCGGGAGAGCAUGAUGGGAGCCCUGUCCCUCUCCUCGCCGAACAACGUGGGCUCCAUGAAGCAGCUAGCCUCAGCUUUUGUCCAGGCCUCUGGUUCGUCUGAAGAAAUUUCUCCGACGGCAGCGCAAAACUCCAUGAAUACCGGCUUGAGAUUCAUGAAUCUUCUGCAAGAGAAAGCCGGAGAGGCCGGAGCGGAUGAGGUGGAAGAAAGCGGCAAGGGAAUCCUCUCCAUGACAGGUAACGCGGUCAGUGGCAUCCAGAACAAGGCUGCCAAAGCCCGCGCUGCGGCUGCGUCCGUGGCCGCCUCACAGGCGGCCUUGAUGGCCACGGGUGCGCCGGAGGUCAGCGACGACUACACCAGCUCCUCCAGCUCGGUUGACCUAGAAGCCUUGGAGGCAGAGACAGAAGCGGAGGUUGCAGCCAUGAAUGACUUGCUUAAUGUCGUCAUUGAGUAUACCAGUAGCGUGGGAACAUCAAGGGAAUAUGGCACUUCUGGGGGCUCCUCCUUCAAGCUUCCGUCGGUGGAGUCCAUGUUAGGCAGCGGCAACGACACCACCCUCUUUGUCGAUGCCCAGGUGGUCAUCGAGAAGGAGAACAGCAAAACCUGGUCCAACUCCUCAAGCGACGUGGCCGGCCAGACGGCCAAGCUGAGCUUCCGGAACGAGACGGGCGGGGCCAUGGACAUCAAGAACCUGCCCGAGCCCAUUGAGGUCUGGGUGGAGCGGGCGGAUGACCAGAUGGACACCUCCACCAUCGAGACCGUCUUCAACCAGACCACACCCAUGACAGAGCAGGCUAUCAUCCAUACCAUCAUGAAUGCACCCCACACCAGCAUGCAUCUCACUGUCAACGUCAUGCCUUAUAAUUACACCGACGUGGACAACGUGACCUUAUAUCUGUACCUGCGUGUGGGCCAGGCACCCACGAUUGACCUGUACGACUUCAACUGCACCCUGCCCAAACGAUAUGACGGCUAUGAGUAUGUGAACGUCUCGCUGGAUGACCUGCCCGAUCCCAACACUUGUUUUUUCAGUAACACACUACUGGACAGUUACGGCAAUGGCAGCACUGUGCCCGUCUAUGUGAUCAUCAAGCACACUGGCGGUAACAACGAGUCCAACCCAGACUAUCUGGCCAGCAGCCAGUACAAUAACUUCUGGCAGAUCACCUACGCCAUGAGACCCUGGAGUGCCAAGUGUUCUUACUAUGAAGAGGAGACAGAGGAAUGGCUAAGUGAUGGCUGUGAGGUUGGAGAGAAGACUACACUGUACAAGACCCAGUGCUUCACCACUCACCUGACAGCAUUCGGAGGGGGCUUCCAGGUCCCCAUCAAUGACAUCGAUCUCUCAGACUCUGCCUUUGGCAAGCUGGAUGAGAACCCACUGGUCUUCAUGUUCAUGACCUCCUGUCUGUGUGUGUACAUGACAGUCAUGCUGUGGGCGUACAAGGCUGACCAGAGGGACAAAGUUAAGGCUGGAGCCACCCCACUAGCUGACAACGACCCGAGGGACCAUUACAUGUAUGAGAUCACUGUCUUCACUGGAGUGCGAGCCAGUUCAAACACCACGGCUAAAGUGUCGCUGAUCAUCACCGGCGACGCAGAGGAAUCUCGGCCCCGCCUCCUGGAUGACCCUGCCCGCAAGGUCUUCCAGGUGGGUGGCAUUGACACCUUCUUGCUGGCCGCUCCCCGCUCACUGGGCAACUUACAGCACCUCCGUGUCUGGCACGACAACACGGGCAAGGCAGCCAGCUGGUACCUGAGCCGCAUCGCCAUCAAGGACCUGCAGACCGACAAGAUGUACUACUUCAUGCUGGACCGCUGGCUGGCCGUUGAGGAGGACGACGGACAGAUUGAGCGUGUAAUCCCAGUUGCUGGCAAGAGUGAGCUGACCAGCUUUGGCUUCCUGUUCUACUCCAAGACCCGCCGCAAUCUCAGCGACGGCCACUUGUGGUUCUCUGUCUUUGCCCGGCCUGCCCGCAGCAGCUUCACCCGCAUGAUGCGUUGCACCUGCUGCCUGUCGCUGCUCUUCUCCACCAUGAUGUCCAACAUCUUCUUCUACAAUGUGGAUGUGACAGGGGGCAGCAGCGGCGGCAGCUUUGUACUUGGCCCCAUCAGCGUCUCGGUGGGCGAGAUCUGUGUUGGCGUCAUCAGCAGCCUGAUGGUCAUGCCUGCCAACCUCAUCAUCGUCCAGAUGUUCCGGCUGUCCAAGCCCAUCCCGGACAAGAUCAACUGGUUCUCCUGGUUCCGGAAGAAGAAGCCCGGGGAGGGAGAGAAGUCCACCGAGGAGGUGGAGCGUGACAAGACGGAGAGGAUGGACGAGAAGGCCGCCUCAGAGCUGGAGAAGCAGCUGGAGUUCCUCAACACGGGCGACAACGGAAAGCGGCUCCUGAAGUCGGCACGUAGCCGGACCGUACGGUUCGCUGAUGAGGCCGAGAGCAGCCAGGAAGUGAAAGAUGCCAGCGGCCCGGAGACCACGGCUGGCAGCAGCACAGACAGCGAAGGGAUGAAGCUGGUGGCUGGGGUCAAGACCAGGAAGAAGAAGCCCAAGUUCAUGCUGCCCUGGGGCUGCCAGUUCAUUGGGUGGACGGUGGCAGUGGGCACGGUGGGCGUCUCCUUCUGGCUGACGAUUGAGGUGGCGGGUCAGUUUGGACCUGAGAAGGCCGCCGAGUGGCUUUCCUCCAUGGCCUGCUCUCUCGUCCAAGACAUCUUUUUCUCCCAGCCCAUCAAGGUGCUGUGCCUGGCCACGUUUUACGCCCUUGUCAUCAAGCGUCCGGACAAGGAGGACGACCAGCCCUCCACCCCGCACCUCAAGUCGGACGAGGAGUACCUGCACGAGCGGCUGACAGAGGAAGAACUAAAGGACCCAGAGAAGCUGGCUCAGCUGGAACGCCAGAAGCAGGCCUGUCCAAUUAAGCCACCAGAUACCGAUGAAUUGAAUGAGGCCAGAGAAACCAGAUUCAAAGAGAUCAAGAUGCAGGCCAUUUUGAAGGAGAUUGCCGUGUACAUGUUCUACCUCUACAUCCUCCUCUUGAUUGGUUACGGCAACAAGGAUCCCAGCAGCCAUGCCGUCUACACAUCUGUCCACAACACCUUCAUAAAUGCGCAGUACUAUGGGACUACGCCUCUCUCUUCCGUUUCGAGUCGACAGCUGUUUUGGAAGCACAUGAGGGAAGUCUUUGUCCCGUCGCUGUACGCGGGCAAUCACUACAACGACGAGCUUGAUGACGACUCCUUCCAACAGAAAUACGUCGCCGAUCGCGCACAUGUGCUCCUGGGCACGGCUAGGCUGAGACAAGUCCGAGUUUACACCAAUUCCUGCAAGGUGGAAGAGGUCAUGAGAGUGACGAUUGACCACUGCAUAGAUGAAUACUCGGCCGCUGACGAUGUGGAAAUAUCGUAUGAUGAAGGGUGGCAGCCGGUCAACGAGACAACUCCGCCGGACUACGAUUCCUCGCCGAUGCUGGGCGUCUGGAAAUAUCGCGACUGGCUGGAGCUGGACUCCUACCCGGCCUUUGCCCACCAGAACAGCUACUACGGCGGGGGUUUUACGGUGGAGUUUGGCACGGACAUCCUGGCUGACAUGGAGAUGAUCGACUACCUCCAGCAGAACUUGUGGGUGGACCAGCAGACCAGGGCCAUCUUCCUGGAGUACGUGGUGUACAACCCGGUGACCAACACCCACGUGGUGUCGCUCAAUGUGCUGGAAUUCCCACCCACUGGUGGCGUAUUUCCCUUCAUCCGAUUCCAAACGAUGACGCUGGAUCACUACUACGGGACCUUUGCUUACUUUGUGCUGGCCGCCGAAGUCAUCUUUGCCCUGCUCUUGCUCUUCUACGUCGUGCGGGAGGCAGCCAAGAUCAAGAAGCAAAAGAAACAGUACUUCAAAGAUCUUUGGAAUAUUUAUGAGGUCAUCACUGAUGGGCUUGCUGUGGGUGCCAUUGUGGCUUACCUCUAUCGACUCUUGCAGGCCAACGAGCUCACGGCAGAGAUCCAGGCUGCCCCGACACAGUUCCACAACUUCCAGUUCUUGGCUUACUGGGAUGAUAUAUACGUAACCAUGGUGACUUUGUGUUUAUUUAUGGCCGUCAUCAAGUUCACCCGACUGCUGAGAUUCAACAUUAAGAUACUGAUGUUGUCGGAGACAGUCAAUGAAUUUGCAUAUGAGCUGUCCCUGUUCAUGGUCAUGUUUGCGGUGGUUUACAUGGGCUACGCCAGCUUCUGUUUCUUGGUCUUCUAUCAGCUCCACGACUUCAGCAGCUUCCUGCGGACCCUGGAAUCCCUCUUUGGCACCUUACUGGGCAAGUUCUCCUUUGAGGAUCUGGUGAGUGCAGAUCCCAUCAUGGGCCCCAUCUUCUUCUUUUCGUAUGUCAUGGUGGUCAUGUGGACGCUCAUCAACAUGCUGUUGGCCAUCAUCUGUGAGGCCUUCGCAAAGGUGAAAGAGGAUGCAGCCCAGCGUCAGAAUGAGCUGGAAAUAGUGGACUUCAUGGUAACACGCUUUAAGGCUUGGAGUGGAUUCUCAGAGAAGAGAGUCAAAAAUGCGGGCAAGGUGCACACUUACAUUGAAGGCAUUGACCCGAUACAAGCAGAGUGCGAUGACCUCAAGUUCAAACUGGACGACAUGGUCAGCAAGCUCAACGACUUCAUCAAGGCUACCAAGAAAGAAGACAGGGAUGUCAUGGGAAUCGAAACAGAAGAGGAGGACAAGCCCAGAGUUAUUUAUCUUGGUUAAAAAUGUAAAAAAAAAAUCAGUAGUGACAGUAAAAUUGCACUCAAAAGAGGAAGCUCACCAAAAUAAUGCUACUGCCUGUUUUGUUAUCUAAUAAAAGUAGUGUCUCAAAACAUGGAAUUUUUUCUGGUAUUCGGUUUUGGGAAAUCCCACUAAGAAAGGUUUUGUAAAACAAGGUGAACGUUUCUUGCAUUCAUAACGAGAUAAAUUUGCUUUAAUCAUCUGUGGAGCAUCUUUACAACUUCCAUUAUGCUUACCUGUCACGAGACCUGAAACCUGCUGUCAUUUUGACCAAUUUAAAAAGAUGAAAGAGAGGAAGGCAGUUUGGUUUGCUAUCCUGAAAAUAAUUUGAAAUUAAGAUCAUAAAAUUAGUCGCGUUAGUUAUUUUGUUAAGAGUUACAUUUGCUUCAUUUUAUUUAAAAGAAGGCCCAAAGAAAAGGAUUGUUGGAUUUCUACUUUCAGUAGACAGGAGGGCAACUUGUAGCUGCAUUGUCUGCUGAAUAUUCUGUCCUGGGUAUUUUGAGGCACAGAUGCAGAGAGUAUGCAGUUACAACAAAGAGGAAUUGAAUUAAGAAACUGACAGGUUUCUAGUAAACAUCUACAUGUAAGUUGUAGUCGAAACCAUUACAAGACCAGGCACAAAACUGGUCACCAGACCAGCCGUAAGAUGGGACACAAAUAACAGGGUGAACAGUGAGAGUGCUUUUGCUGUAAUUCGUUUGAAUAGUUUUUUUCUCGAAUUCGGACCGGAGGUCUUAUGUGUUGGUUUUGUAAUAAUUUAUUCAGUUAUAAUACGCAGGUUUCUAUUUACAAAUACAUUUGUAUUGGGGUUGCGAUGGUCUCUGGUGGAAGAAACAAAUUUCAUUGGUUUUUAUGGCAAUGACGGUGAUGUCAUGAGCACACAGUUGCAAGUGAGUCGGCCUUUCAACAAGACGUGUUUCAAAAUGCUGCUGUGCGACCCACAAGAAUCCAGACUUGUCAUUUCUGGUUGGACAUUCCUCAAGAUAAUAUUCCCACCCGUCGUCAUGUUACAGCCGGUUUCCAUGUGACCAGAUUUGCAUUAGGAUACUACUAGCCGCUGAUUGGUUGUCAGUGCAGGGUUUUUAGCGUCAUACAUUUUUAAUAAUAAGAAUGCCAGAUUUUGACAAAGGUUUGAUUUUGUUUUGUGGUUUCUAAUCAUUUGAUUGAACCCUUUACAAAUAAACGACCAGUUCAACAA